UCGUAAAACAAAUAAAGAUCGUUUUACGGCAAGCGUGAAACGGCCGCACGUUUCGACCCGAUUUAACAAUUCUAGUAUAAAACACCAAAAUGAAGAUCGAAGAAGUAAAGAGUACUACAAAAACUCAAAGGAUAGCCACCCACACUCAUAUUAAAGGACUGGGUUUAGAUGAAAGUGGUAUCGCGAUCCAAAAUGCGGCAGGUUUGGUUGGCCAAGAAUUGGCUAGAGAGGCGGCAGGUAUUGUUGUGGAGAUGAUUCGGUCCAAGAAGAUGGCUGGCCGUGCUGUGCUGCUUGCUGGACCUCCUGGCACAGGGAAGACAGCACUAGCUUUAGCAAUAGCUCAAGAACUUGGCAACAAAGUUCCCUUCUGUCCGAUGGUGGGCAGUGAAGUAUACUCGUCAGAAAUAAAGAAGACAGAGGUGCUCAUGGAGAAUUUUCGAAGAGCAAUUGGUCUCCGCAUCAAGGAGACUAAGGAAGUUUAUGAAGGGGAGGUAACAGAACUCACCCCAGUGGAAACAGAAAACCCCAUGGGAGGCUAUGGGAAAACUGUAAGCCAUGUAAUAAUCGGCCUGAAAACUGCUAAGGGAACAAAGCAGUUGAAGCUGGACCCAUCCAUCUACGAGAGUCUUCAGAAAGAGAAAGUGGAAACUGGGGAUGUCAUAUACAUUGAGGCAAACAGUGGGGCAGUGAAGAGACAAGGUAGAUCAGACAGUUUUGCCACAGAGUUUGACCUGGAGGCUGAGGAGUAUGUGCCCCUUCCUAAAGGGGAUGUACACAAAAAGAAGGAGAUCAUACAGGAUGUCACCUUGCAUGACCUUGAUGUUGCUAAUGCCAGACCACAGGGAGGUCAAGACAUUAUGUCAAUGAUGGGCCAGUUGAUGAAACCCAAGAAGACUGAGAUUACUGACAAAUUGCGUAAGGAGAUCAACAAGGUAGUGAACAAGUAUAUCGACCAGGGUAUUGCAGAGCUUGUGCCUGGAGUGUUGUUCAUAGACGAGGUGCACAUGUUAGACAUCGAGUGCUUCACGUACCUCCACAGGGCCCUAGAGUCUGCAAUAGCCCCCAUUGUAAUUUUCGCUACAAACAGAGGGAAGUGCACAAUCAAAGGCACAGAGGACAUUGUGUCCCCCCAUGGCAUGCCUCUCGAUCUCUUGGACAGGGUGAUGAUUGUACGCACACUGCCCUACUCACAGGAGGAAAUGACUCAGAUAUUGCGACUUCGGGCCCAGACCGAAAAUCUUCAAAUUGAUGACGAGUCCCUGGCACUGCUGGGCCAGAUAGGAACCCAAACCACCCUCAGGUAUGCAGUUCAACUGUUGACUCCAUCAAACCUGCUGUCAAAGAUCAAUGGAAAAGAUACGAUAGGAAAGGAUGAAAUUGAAGAAACAAACAAACUGUUCUUUGAUGCUAAAUCCUCAGCCAAGAUUUUGGCUGAACAAGAGGAUAAAUAUAUGAAGUGAACAAAUAAUAUUUGAGUGACAUAUAUGUAUGACAUUUAUGUUUAAAAUGAUCCCUUGAUGGUUGAAUCAUUAAGGCGAUGCAGACCAACUUUAAAUCACAUUGGUUAGCUUAUACAAGCUUUGAAACUGUAUAUACUGGUACACAUCAAUAAUUUUGGCCUACCAGUACCAGGGUAUUUGCUUUUUGGUGGUGCAACAGAUAAAAUUUAGAAUAAGUAUGCAGACUGAUUUUCUAAUUUUUGUGGCGUAUCAACUUUUUGUGAAGUUACAAUUAACUAACAGAAAUUUGUUGUUGUUAAUGAAUACUAUUAAUUUUAUCGGGAUCAAAGGGUCAUAGUUUAUUCCGUUAAGCUAUCUUGGCCCAUCUAAUGAUGUCCUCGUGGGUUGCUUUUUUUCGCAAAUCUUAAAAGAUUACUAAUUAAUUUCUUAGUGCGCAUAAUCUGAUUGAUGGUACAUGUACACACAUUUUUCGUUCCAGUUUUCAUUGUUCAGUUCUCAGACUGUUCUAAAAUAAAAUAGCUCUAAUUAAAAAAGAAUUCAAAGAAUGACAAGUCAAAUGGUAUAGAUAAAGCAAAACAACGGUGGUUAUGUGUUUGAAAAAUUGAAGUUGUCAAUAAGAAGAUUUAAAAAGGCCAUUUCAUUUCAUACUUAUCAGUGUUGAAAUCUACCAUAAAAGAAUACUUGUUAAAGUUUGUUUUCAAUCGUAAUGUAGAUCUGAUCAUUGAUAUACACAAUAUGGCUAUGUUCAUGUAUAUUAAGUUGAUUAAACAUAUGUUUUCGUGCA